UUGCCCUUUCACUCUUCUUUCUAGCUAUAUGAUUUAUUUUCUUUCUUUUCUUCUGUUUUGAUCAUCAGCUUUCUAUAAUAUUUUCAUAUUAUAAUAGUACUUUGUUUAGGAGCUUCAUUAGUAUGGCGGAUACAGGUUCGGCCUCCAGAAGGAGAAUGUGGUGUUCGGUGCCUGAAAGGCUCCAACUGCACGGGGCCAUGUUGGCCCUGCAGUUUGGUUACGCAGGGUUCCAUGUCGUUUCAAGAGCUGCCCUUAACAUGGGCAUUAGUAAGCUUGUGUUCCCAGUUUACAGGAACAUCAUUGCGCUGCUUCUGCUCCUCCCCUUUGCCUAUUUCUUAGAGAAGAAGGAGAGGCCUGCAAUGACCCUAAAUUUUAUGCUACAGUUUUUCCUCCUCGCGCUUGUCGGAAUAACAGCAAACCAGGGAUUCUAUUUGCUGGGGCUAGACAACACGUCACCCACCUUCGCUUCCGCAAUUCAAAACUCUGUUCCUGCCAUUACCUUUCUCAUGGCAGCCAUACUCCGCAUAGAGAGAGUAAGAUUAGACCGAAAAGACGGUAUAGCAAAGGUUCUUGGAACUAUCUUCUGCGUGGCCGGAGCCUCAGUGAUCACCUUGUACAAGGGUCCAGUGAUCUACAACCCAUCUCCACCAGGACUUCAAAGCGUGCAGGAACCAAUGUUUCCAUCACUCGGAGAUGCCAGCGGCAAGAACUGGACUCUUGGUUGUAUUUACCUCAUCGGUCAUUGCCUUUCAUGGUCCGGUUGGCUCGUUUUGCAAGCCCCACUGCUGAAGAAGUACCCUGCAAGGCUCUCCGUUACUUCUUAUACGUGCUUCUUUGGACUAAUCCAGUUCGUGAUUAUCGCUGCGAUUGUUGAGAGAGAAGCCAAGGCUUGGAUCUUCACCACUGGCGGUGAAGUCUUCACUAUCUUGUACGCGGGAGUGGUGGCAUCAGGGAUAGCCUUCGCUGUACAGAUAUGGUGCAUUGACAGAGGUGGCCCUGUGUUCGUUGCCGUGUAUCAACCUGUUCAGACUCUCGUUGUCGCUAUCAUGGCCUCCGUUGCUUUAGGAGAAGAGUUCUACUUGGGAGGGAUCAUUGGGGCGGUGCUGAUCAUAGUGGGGCUGUACUUGGUGUUGUGGGGUAAAAGCGAAGAGAAAAAGUUUAUGGCACAAGAAAAGGCUGCGAUUCAGCCCGCACCGGAGCACUCCAACAACAGCAGGAUCAAGACCUCUCUCACUCAGCCACUCCUUCCUUCUUCAACCGAAAAUGUUUAAUCAGCAAUACCUUAACCUUUUUUUGGUUGUUUAACUACAUCAGCGCUUUGGCUUUUGAAGAAGAAAAAGAAAGAAAAAGAAGCCACUACUCUAUAUCAGAAAGCUUUGUGUGUGUAUUGAGUUUUGCUUAUUUUGUUUUGUCUUCCCAAUGGCUUUCUUAGAAGGAAAGUUGAAAAAAAAAAAGGGAUCUCUCUUGAGGGGAUGAAUAUGAUCAUUAGUGUCACUUUUGUGGGCCACAGGGCCUGAAAUCCUCCCAUGCUUUAUAUGUUAAUUUUAUGGUUUGAUUUACGAGAAAUUAAAGAUUUCCACAUUAUAAAUUA